CAUUUUAACAUUUUGGCAGUAAGUUGCGUAUUGUAACGAAUAUCUGUAUGUUAUCUAUCUGAAUUGUGUAUCUACUUAGCAAUAUAUACUCUGUCCUUCAAUCAUUCAGAUUAGUUUCCCGUGUAUAUAAGCAAGCAUUUGCUGUGGGCUUGCUGUUUAAAAGGGAGAAAAAAAUGAUCAAAACAAAUCUCACGUUUUGUGUUAUAGCUUCUGCUGAAUAGUUUGUACAACUGUCUGCAUUCAGUACAUAAAACGUGAACCUUUUCUGCACAGUUGUUUAAAGUUAAUAAAUCGUUGGAUUAAAGUUAAUGUUUGGAUAUUCAGCAUUUUUCUGGUAACCCAUAAGACGCCUUUGAAUGAUUGAAAUGCAGAACCGUAUCUGCCUGGGAAUGUAUGGCAUUUUUUCCACAGUAGCUUAAAGAAACCUUUGCCACUGGUCAGAAUCAAUGGAACUGUGAAGCAAAUAAUAUUUAUUGCUGUGAUGGUCUGUUAACCUUAGUUCGACCCCAGUUCUGCAGACCCAUGUUAGUUAUGUAACGCGUCUUCGUCUCCAGAGGGUGGCGCAAGAAUCCAACUGAAAAACAGACUACUCUGACGGGGAUGCGCACUUUAAACACGCGCAUUUCUUACAGCACCCACCCAGCAUUCUAGUUUGUGCACGAGUUUACCUCUAGAGGUCAUCAAGCAGAAUUUACGACUGGACAACAAAAGCACGUGAUUACAAACCGUACCCCAUAUUUGGGUGCCUACGUAGGAGGGAACCAAGUACAUGUCCCAGUCAUUUCCAUAAUUCAUCAUAAAUUGUGCUAGGGUGCUAUAGACGCACAAAACGACCAAGAGCCACAAAUCAAGCACAAUACAUAAAAAAAAAAAAAAAAAAAAAAAAAAAACAACAAAUGAGUUCCUAUUUUGUAAACUCAUUUUGCGGUCGCUAUCCAAAUGGCCAGGACUACCCGAUACAUAAUUAUGGAGAUCAUAGAUCAGUGAGCGAGCAGUACAGGGAUUCUACAAGCAUGCAUUCAGGCAGGUACGGUUACGGCUACAAUGGGAUGGAUCUCAGCAUCGGGCGUUCAGCUUCGAACCAUUUUAGUGCUAGUGAAAGACCACGCAGCUACACGUCAAAUGUUGCAACAGCAUCUCCUGAACCCAGGUACAGUCAGCCUGCAGCUUCUCAUUCUCCUCCACCUGACCCGUUACCCUGUUCUGCCGUGACCACUUCAGCAGUGAGCGAAAAUCACCAAGGAGUGAAAAACUCAAUAGCUAGCCCCAAUACUGCUGCUUCCACUCCUAACAGCAGCAUUAACAGCAGCACUCCCACAGGAAGAGAUGGGGUUGGCACAUCGUCUGGUACUGAGGAUGACACCCCAGCAAGCAGCGAAAAGGCAAGUUCACAAAACGGCCAAAGCACAGCGACUCAGCCUUUACAACCACAGAUCUAUCCAUGGAUGAGAAAGCUGCACAUAAGUCAUGACAGUAUGAGUGGACCUGAGGGGAAGAGAGCCCGGACAGCAUACACUCGUUACCAAACUCUGGAACUGGAAAAAGAAUUUCACUUUAAUAGAUACUUGACCCGAAGAAGACGGAUUGAAAUUGCUCAUGCUCUUUGCCUGUCAGAGAGACAAAUUAAGAUAUGGUUCCAGAAUAGAAGAAUGAAAUGGAAAAAGGAUAAUAAACUCAAGAGCAUGAGUAUGGCAUCUGCAGGAGGCCCAUUUCGCCCUUAAUAUGUUGAGCAAUUAGAAGUACUGAUAAGUACAGAUGAGAAACUAGCAGAAAUCAGUUUACUGGUGACUUAUAUUCCUCAUUACUGUGUCGCAUCCGUGAAGGAGUUUCUUUUCAUGCCGCCUUAUUCCAAGCUUUUAACCAUAAGCCUGUUUAUGGCCGUUACUUUGCUUGUACGGUUUAGAUACUGCUUUUUGUCAUUCUGUAUUGAAUGCCUAGUCUCUAAGAGUAGAUGUUUUAACUUAUUUAUAUUAAGCAACGCGUGUUACUUGAAGUGAAUGUAUAAAACUGGUUCAGUACAAAUGUUACAUGUUGCACUCUAUUUACAAAAAAGUAACAGUGUUUGUUGUUAAGUGUCUAAAUAGCUCCAAGCUGUCAAUGUAUACUUUCCAACUACCUAUUUUUCUUUUAUUAAUGUCGUGGUAGAGUCGAAUUACUGCAAUACUACCUAUUUUGUAAUAUUUCGUGUAGUGAAUAGUGACUAUGUGAUGAAAGCUGUAAUUACAAGCAGUAUGUUCUUGUUGUGCCUUUGUAUGAUUCUUUGCACGAAGUCCAAUAAGCGUCUUUUACAAGAGCAGAUUAAAUUAUUGUAUGCGUUAGGACAAGUUAAACAUAUAGUGGAAGCCUGGCAAUUUGAGCAAAUUGUGAUCAGCUUUUUUUGUAUUUGUUUAUAAAAAACUGGAAGUUAAAUAAACAUGCAGCAGCAAGCUUGCAAA